AUGUUACCUUUUGCUUAUAUUCCUUAGGACUCAUAAAGUACAAAAUACUGUCAUUCCUUAGGUUCUUUCAACUUUUGUCAACCUUCAUAUUCAUUUCCAUGGUUUAACCCGUAUUAUCAAUAUGUAAACAUCACCCCCAGCUAUUUCUCUGAAUUUCACAGAAUAAACAACUGCUUUCAAUAGCCUUAGAUUCACUACCAGCAAAACAUAAUCAAAAAGACAUCAAUUACCGAAAAGUGCUCCGAAACCUUACACGGAUCCUUAUAAAAUGAACAAAUCGAUACGCCCUCUAUUGUUGACAAUCAAUAAUCUCCCCUUUCCAAAAAGCCAGAAACUAUAAUAAUUUUGAACAAAAAGAAAAAGAAAAAAUCUAAAAAAAGCAAAAAUUUUAAGAAAGGUCAUUGGACUAAUAAAGAGCACAGACUAUAUUAAUAGUUUAUCGAUGACAAUAAAGUGAUUAUGUCAGAUUCAGAUUAGAAGAAAAUGAAAUAAAUAUUUAAAAAAAUGUCUGAUCUCAUCAAAUCUAGAUCUGCGAGUUAAUGCCGAUCUCAUCAUUAGAAAUUCGAUCCUUAAAAGCAAAAUAGUUUAGUUGCUGGAAAGAAAUCAAUUUAAUCUAAGAUUGCUAAUGAUGAUAUAAAACGAUGA